AUGAACGAUACAUUCGAUCCUAAUACUGCACCCACCAAAAAGCUCACAAAGCGUCAAAAGAAAACGGAUGCUUUCCGUAGCAGGAAAAAACCAAAACUUGAUAAUACUGAACAAGAUUCAUUGAUAAUCCAUAGUCAAAAUAGUGACGAGGCUCAAGAAUCCGAUAAUAUUAAAGUAGAAUUCGUGACAAAAGAUAAAGAUAAGAAACAUGGAAGUCAACUCGAGGAAGAGACCAAUGAAAAGAAGAAACAAAAUAAUAAGAAAAUUAAAAAGGAUAUGGAAAAGAAAUCUCUUUCAAAACACCGAUACAUUGUUUUUGUUGCAAAUUUACCGUACUCUGCAACCAAAGAAGAAAUUGCCAAUCACUUUGAAACUAAUGGUGCAACACCAAUUUCAACACGUCUUAUUACCGACAAGAUGACAAAAAAACCAAAGGGAUUCGCCUUUGUUGAAUUCAAAAAUGCUGUCGUGAUGAAACAUGCACUUGGUUUUCAUCACACCGUCUUCAAGAAUAAAAAGAUCCGAGUGGAAUUGACAUCUGGCGGUGGCGGAAAUAAAAGUGAAUUUCGUCGUAAUAAGAUUGAGGCAAAGAACAAAAAAUUAGACGAGGAACGGCAUAAACUUCACGAGAAAAAUAAAAAAAUUUCAUCCGAAAUUGAAACUGGUGGCAAUGGCGAGAUUCAAGAGUCAAAAAAUAAAUUGAUCAAUAGUGAAGAUAUAAAUGGGAUAAGCCAAGCGAAUAUUGAGUAUAAUGAUUCUGAAGAUACUGAACGGAAAAAACGUCGCGAAGCAAAUAAUAAAAAUAUUGAUAAACAGCGACAAAAAAAGCACAACAGAAACCUUAUCAAAUCAUCUGAACGAAGAAUUAGUAAACCGCGAAAUAUAGAGGGUUCUAAUGCAGUAAACCCAUUAGGAAAAAUGAGAAAAUUCGGUAGUUAG